UUUUUUUAAAAAAAAAAAUUAAUUAAAAUCUUGUUCUUAAGGUAUUAUCAGUGACACAGUGAUGCAUAAUUUGUUUCUUAAUACGGAUGGUACAAAUUUUAUCAUGUUGAUUACCCUCCCACGAAUUUUCGUUGAUUGAUUAGAGAUACAUAAGUAUUCACACAUAAAUUAAUGAUAACAUAUGGCAAUAGAUGAACACUUUUUUGAAGAUGCUUGUGAUUUGACUGAACGAUUGAAUGUUGUACUGCUGAAUUUGGAUAAUCAUAUCUCUUUGGUUGGACUACAUGUAAAUUCCAUGUUUGGCAUUCCAGUAAAUCUUGUUCUUAUUAUAUGAUAUUUCCCUAAUUUUUUUUUCACUUUUUCUCCAAAUUUGUUGUAUAAUUAUUCUGCAUAGCUAUAUAUUUUUAUCAAAGUAGUCAUCUUUUGUGUGAAAUUUAUUGAAUUUUAUCAUAAUAAUUGUAUAUAUUUAGCAGAUUUUUUAUUAACUCAAAAAAAAAAUUACCGACAUAUAAUUGUGAAAUAGUUUUGAUGUAUGAAAUGGAGUGUUCAUUAUUGCGGGUCCACUAUUGUGAGCUAUCUUUGAUUUCAUUAGCGUAUAUACAUACUACCUGUUGACUUUUCUUUUUUAAUUCUUUGUGUGGAUUGCCGAUUGCAUGCCUUUCUUUGGCUUUUGCUCUUGUAUUUUUCUUUUUGCUCCCACCAAAGGUUGUAUAUAUAUUAGGCAAAAAGGCACUUAGACAAUGAAAUAAGAAUAUUAGGAAAACAUAUGAGUAAAUACUAAUAAUCAAUUUAUAGGGUAAUCCUUUUUGUGUUGUGUUUUUUUACAGAAAUGGAGUCAUGUGGACUAUCCUUGUUAAGGAAAAAGAGAAAGCGACAAACAGAACUACUUAUAUCUUUAAUAGUUAUAAUAAAUUUCAUGAUUCUCAUGUAUUUCGUGCUACGUAGUUUAGGUGUAACUCUACAUAAAAUACAACGAAUUAGAGAUAAGAAACGUAAUAGAUUAGUUAAUUUAAACUCGUUGAUUAGAGAUAGUGAUGUUGCCUGUAGGAGUGAAUUGCGUAUGAACAAACAUACUUUUGGUGUACUUUGUGAGAUGAUAAGCGAUAUUGGUGGAUUGAGAGGGACUAGAAAUAUGAGCUUACAGGAGAUUGUAGCUAUGUUUUUGUAUACAUUAUCUCAUCAUAAAAUGAAUAGGUCCAUAGGACAUUACUUUUAUAGGAGUGGAGAAAGUGUUAGUAAACAAUUUAACCUUUGUCUCCUUGCGGUUCUAAAACUACAUCAUCACUUGCUCAAAAAACCUACACCUAUUACAGAAGAUUGCGAGGAUAGUAGAUGGAAAUGCUUCCAGAAUUGCUUAGGAGCUCUAGAUGGUACAUUUAUUAAAGUUCAUGUUCCAAAUGAGGAUAGAGGAAGGUAUCGAACAAGGAAAGGAAACCUUGCAAUGAAUGUUUUAGGUGUUUGUACACCUAACAUGGAAUUUGUUUUUGUCUUACCUGGAUGGGAAGGCUCUGCACAUGAUGGUCGUGUUUUACGAGAUGCAAUUUCGAGGCCUAAUGGUUUAAAGGUGCCUCAAGGUUGUUACUUUUUGGUAGAUGCUGGCUACACUAAUUGUGAUGGGUUUCUUGCACCAUAUAGAGGGCAUCGUUAUCACUUGAAAGAAUGGGGGGAUUAAGUGCUGGGGAGUACUUCAACAUGAAACAUUCUAAAGCUAGGAAUGUAAUUGAGAGAACUUUUGGUUUGUUGAAGGGAAGGUGGGCAAUUCUUAGAAGCCAUUCUUUUUUUUUCAACUCGCACACAAGGUCGCAUUGUUACAGCAUGUGCUUUAUUACACAAUCUAAUUCGAAAGCACAUGCCCACAAAUUUUGAGGUUGAUGAGUCAUCAGAUGAGAGUGAGAAUGAGGAUAUUGGUGAUAAUGUUGAAUACAUUACUCAAGUUCAACCAUUAAAUGCUUGGAUCGACUUUAGGAAUAAUUUAGCGCAAACUUUAUUUAAUGCUUGGAGAGCUAGGCAAAAUAACGAAACAAGAUUUUUUUUUAAUGAAUAAUGACUCUCUGUAGUCUUGUCCUUGUGUUUGGUGUUUUGUGAAACGAUCUUUGUAUUUUAUGAUUUUUUGUUUCUCAUCUGUGUUUUAUGUUAAUCAAGGGACAUGAUAUUUUUAUUUAACUUUUAAUUGCUUUCAUUAUGUGAUACAAUAUUGCUUCCUACAUAUCAUAAAUAAAAUAUCUGGUUAUGUAUUCUUACUUAAUUGAU